ACCGUCUCAUUCGACCUCCUCAAGCAAAAUGCCCAGGGCCCCGCGGAACCACAGCAAGACCUACAAGGUCCCCCGUCGCCCCUUCGAGAACGCACGUCUCGAUGCGGAGCUGAAGCUCGCCGGCGAGUACGGUCUGCGCAACAAGCGCGAGAUCUGGCGUAUCGGUCUCAUCCUGUCUAAGAUUCGUCGUGCCGCUCGUGAGCUGCUCAAGCUCGACCCGAAGGACCCCAAGCGUCUCUUCGAGGGUAAUGCGCUCAUCCGCCGGCUCGUCCGCAUCGGUGUGCUCGACGAGACGCGCAUGCGUCUCGAUUACGUGCUGUCGCUCAAGAUCGAGGAUUUCUUGGAGCGCCGUCUCCAGACUCAGGUCUUCAAGGCCGGCCUCGCGAAGUCCAUCCACCACGCGCGUGUGCUGAUCCGCCAGCGACACAUCCGUGUUGGCAAGCAGAUCGUCAACGUCCCGUCAUUCGUCGUUCGUCUCGACUCCCAAAAGCACAUCGACUUUGCGCUCACCUCGCCAUAUGGCGGUGGUCGUCCGGGCCGUGUCAAGCGCAAGCGCGCCAAGGCUGCAGCGAAGAAGGACGAGGAGGGAGAAGAGGAGGAAGAGUAAAUGCUUCGCUCGUAACACCAUCUCCGUAUGCCGCUAUUUCGUGUGGGUGUAUGUCUUUAACCGCAUGUCAAUAUGUAUGCGCUCGUUUCGAGCCCCACACUAUGCUACAUUUGACUGGUCUCUUA